CAGCCAAGCUGGCAGGCUGCCCGCUGGGGGAAGCUGUCAUGCGUCGUUACGGAUGCAAGAGCUGGGUUGCAACCUUAAAGUUGCCAGACUGAGAGAGAGGCCUUUUUCAAUCUUUGGCUGACGUGUGGUAUUUCCCCUGCCUGUCCUCAAAUAACCUUUAAGCUCCCCCUUCCCCUGUGCUCAGAAACAAGGAGUGAGACCCCAAAACCAUUAGUGGUCCUAGGAAUUGCAGUAGCAUGAAAGGGAAUUCUUCCUAAUGGACAACUAUUGAGCACAUCAGGACUCCUGAGAAAGAUUCUGAAAGCUUGAGCCACGUUGGACUGGAAUAAUGUUAAACAAGCCAGUGCUGGUGGAGUCCCUGAUUGUGUUUGCCAUCGUCCUCUUUGUGCACACAGUGGUAUGGGACCGGUAUUCCUGGUGCGCCGUCGCUCUUGCCAUCCAGGCUUUUUAUGUCCAAUUCAAAUGGGACCGUCUGCUGCAGCUGGGUGGGGCUGUGUUCCAGUUCCGUACAGCAGCGAACAGUGGCCUCCUGCCAGCUAGCAUGGUCAUCCCCUUGUUGGGGAUAGUGAUGAAGGAGAGGUGCAAGUCUGCUGGCAUUGUGUACUUCGAACGUUUUGGCAUAGUUGUAGCUUCCACUGGCAUGCUGGUUGCUCUCUUUCUGUCUGUAAUAGCGGUUGGCAUCACAAAACCUGUGCCAACCAACACUUGCAUACUUACUGGUGUUGCUGGCAGUAUAAUUAUCUAUACCAUGAAGCAUUCUUUGACUGUUUCAGAAGUGAUAGAGGUCCUGGAAGUGCUGCUAAUUUUUGUCUACCUCAGUAUGAUCUUGCUGUACUUGUUGCCUCGAUGCUUUACUCCUGGAGAAGCAUUGCUAGUUCUCGGAGGCAUAAGUUUUGUUCUCAAUCAGCUCAUUAAACGCUCACUGAAUGUAAUUGAGGGCAGAGGUGAUCCCAUAGACUUUUUCCUUCUGGUAGCAGUUGUUGGAGUUGUUCUUCUUGGGCUUUUUUUCACUGUGCUCUUCAUUUUCAUGGAUUCGGGUACGUGGAUCUCCUCCAUGUUUUUCCACAUGAUGACAGCAGUGCUAGGCUUAGGGGUCAUCAUGCCUUGGCUUUACCGGCUGAUCCAGAGGAACCCUUUGUUCUGGCUACUCCAGUUUCUGUUUCAGACACACACAAGAGUUUACCUUCUUGUAUAUUGGACCUUUUUGGCUGCUUCAGCAUGUGGUGUAGUUUUCUACCAGAAUGCUAAGAGAUCAUCUGAAUCUAAAAAACACCAGGCCUCGACUAUAACCAGGAAAUAUUUCCAUUUCAUUGUUGUAGCUACUUAUGUUCCUGGACUAAUUUAUGACCGCCAGCUUCUCUACGUUGCUGCAGUACUCUGUCUGGCAGUGUUUAUCUUCUUAGAGUAUAUUCGGUACUUCAGGAUCAAACCAUUUGGCCAAACCCUUAGGCAUUUGCUGUCUCUCUUCUUGGAUGAAAGAGACAGUGGACCUCUAAUCUUGACUCAUAUUUAUCUCCUCCUUGGCAUGUCCCUCCCAGUGUGGUUGUUCCCCAGAUCUUGUGCUCCUAAAGGUACCUUGUCUGGGGCAGGAGCACUGGUCCCCUACUCUGGGGUACUGGCAGUAGGGGUAGGAGACACUAUUGCCUCCGUUUUUGGUAGUACAAUGGGGGAAAUCAAAUGGCCGGGAACAAAGAAGACCUUUGAAGGGACAGUGACAGCUAUUUUUGCUCAGAUCAUUGCUGUGGCUCUUAUUCUGAUCUUUGACAGCAGUGUGAAUCUGAACUCCAGCUAUGCCUGGAUUCUGGCAUCUGUGAGUUUAGUUUCUCUUUUGGAAGCUUAUACUACCCAAAUUGAUAAUUUGCUGUUGCCCCUCUACCUCCAGAUAAUGUUUAUGGCUUAGAAGCACUUACUUCCAGGAAGAGAGGUUUCUCUCUUUCUAGAGAAAAGUGGUAAUAGAAUGUGCACUGUAAUGAGAGCUCAAAAGCUGAUCUAAACACUGCUUUUGGUACAGCAGAUAAAGAGUUGUUGAAAACAGAAAUUAAGAUAACCUAUUUAAAAUAAAGAGUUUGUUUUGGUCUUGGUUUUUUCCCCUGUUUAAAACAGCAUGAGUUGAUUUAUGUUCUCUCAAGAAGACAAACAAGACUUGUAAAUUGGAUUAUUAAACACAAGUGCUAUUUCUAUGUCUCUUCUGGGUGCUCAGAGGCAAAGGAGGUAGAGGAAGAGGAGGCAAGUCAAUGGGAGGAAAAAAAAUAAGCAAAGCUCUCAGAUUUUGCCACCUCUGCAUUGCAUCAGAGCCAAAACUUUUUUUACUGUACGGAGCCCUGCUGUCUUGUAUUACUGCAUAUGCAAACUCCUCAUUUCUGUAUGAGGGCCAUUUAAAGCACGUUUUAUAAUGAGGGUGGCCACCCUCUCCACAAAGUGAAUACGACUGUCCCAACGUAUCCAGUCACCAUCAACAAGACCAUACUAAUGCACUGCAAUGGAUAAACACAACUUCAAAUUCAGGAGCUAUAAUAGCUAAGUUUAUCUGGGACAGGUGCAGGAAGUCUGAGAAUGUAAGAAACUAUUCCAAAACAGUGCUAACAAGAGAGAUGCGGUUUUAGCCCUGGAGAUUUGUGCAACAAGAAAAAUGUCCUUCAAGAUUUUAAUCUCUAAAUUCAUUUUGAAUAAUAUUCAAUGUAGGGGAAAAACACUAAGCAAAGUCACAGAAAAAAUAAUUACACAUUAGUC